GAUUCAUGUAUUUAAUUUUUUUUUUAAAUUUUAAAAAAUAUUUUUGAAUUACUGUUAUUCUCAGUGGGUUUUCUGGGACUUUAAGGUACUGACUCUUCUGGGUCUUCUUGGGUUAUGGUAUUUCCUGCGUAAGCUCUGUUGCAGAAGAAAAACUCCGCACCCACUGUUCUACAUGUAGAAAAACUGAAAGGGGACAAUUGAAAUAGUGUUUGCAAAUAAAUCUUCAUUUUCGUUGGAAUUUUUUUUAUAUUUUCCAAGGGGUGUUUCUGUUUUUUUUAUUUAUUUAAUUUUACUCGUUGGAUUUCUGGGGAAUAAAAAGCUCACAGAUAUGGGAAAGCAAGGACCUUGCUGUCACUGUGGUAUUACAAGCACCCCACUAUGGCGUAAUGGGCCUCCAGAAAAACCAAUUCUGUGCAAUGCAUGCGGGUCACGAUGGAGAACAAAAGGAACAUUGGCAAACUAUACUCCUAUGCAUUGUAGGAGUGAUCUGGAUGACUCUGACAACUUCAGGGGUUUCAAGGGAAAAUCUUUAUCCUAUAGAAACAAAGAAGAAAAGGGUUUUAUGAAACGAAAGCAGAAUCAUUAUUAUCCAAUGGCUGGAGUUCCUCCGGAUCAUAAUCCCGGUUUGCACAGGCUUUUAGAUGAAGAUAUGAGCAACAGGUCAAGUUCUGGCUCUGCCGCCUCAAACUCUGAGAGCCUAGUGGAACUUGGUGGUACUGAAGUAAGUGAUUUGACUGGUCCCCCUCAGCCUAAUGCGUGGGAUUCAACAGUGCCUUCAAGGAAGCGAACAUGUGUCGCUCGCCCAAAGCCUUCUCCUGUUGAGAAGCUCACCAAAGACCUGCACACUAUCUUACACGAGCAAGGAUCUUUUCUCCUUUCUGGGUCUUCUGCAGAGGAUUUGCUGCUUGAGAGUGAUAACCCUACCAUGGUAUGUGUUGAGAUUGGCCAUGGAAGUAUGCUCAUUCAGCACCCGUCUUCAAUCGGCAGAGAAGAAGAAUCCGAAGCCAGCUCUCUAUCUGUAGACAACAAAACCCACCUUAUAAACGAGGCAUAUUCCUGUAUGGCUACUCCAGUUUAUAAAAACUAUAAUGACAAAAGGGGUGUCAUGAAUUCACAAAAUGUGGGGAGUGAAAGAGGCAAGCAGCAUAUUGGACAAGGAAUUGAGAGUGAGCUAGUGAAGAGGGAAAAGGGUCACCUUGAAGAAAUGCAGAAUCUAAAGCAACUCGAUUCGCCUGUGGACCCGAAAGGUGUAAAUUAUAAACAUAGCAAGAUAUGCUAUGAAGUUGCUGGAGGGCCGGAUGACAUUGGCUCAGUUAAUAUUAAAAGAUCACGAGAUGGACAGAAUCAAAAGCCUCCAGUAGCAAAGGCGGCGAUGAAGAGUCCCAUGAAGGUGACAAUCAAAGGCACCCACCAAGAACACAAGGAACCCAUAGAGAGCGAUGGGAAUUGCUUCAGCCCAAAACAUCUGUUUGCAUUGCCGCCUGAUAACAGUUCACUUGUCUUUAACUCUUGUGGAUUUACCACUGAAAGUUCUGAGCAAGACUUGCUGCUGGAGGUGCCCUCUAACAGCUCCUUCCCACAAGCAGAACUACUGGCGACAACAAGUUCUUGUGCACGAGCAAGUGCUAGUAGUAGUAGCUGUCUUUCCCCGACUCGUUUGGAUAUGCCGUUGAACCAAUCUUUCAUCCAUAGGCCUAUUGAAGAGUGACCCCCAUCAAAUUUACUCAUGGUAAACUUCUUUUUUACCUUGUCUUUUUUUUUUUUUUUUGCAAAAUAUAUAUUGCUGAUACCU